AUGGGCAUACCUUUGGACAAAGCUUCAUUCUUAGCUUUGUUUCUCGAGACUUUGUUUUAUGGCGUAUUCCUCACUUUGUACUGGCUAACACUAUUCGUCCUAUCCAAGAAAACUGACAUUCAACGGCAAGUCCUUACCCCGGUAGCAACCUUGCUACUCUGUAUUGCAACAGCUCAUCUAGUUAUCGAUUUUGUUCGAGGGUUAGAGGCAUUCGUUGUCAAGGUGGAUACUAUUGGUGCAGAUACCUACUAUUCCAACCUUGCUUCGCCGCUGGAUCUCGCGUCAAAGGCACUUUACAUCACGCAAACCACUCUCGCUGAUGGUGUAGUUGUUUGGCGAUGUUAUGUGCUUAACGGAAAAAACCUCUUACUCACCAUCCCUGGUUGUAUCGUACUAUUAGUCAAUGGGGCCAUCGGGUACUAUGUUGUUUGGUCCCUCUCUCGGACCGGUCCGCUAUCCAAUGUUUCUGACGCUGCUUCUGCGUGUAUUACAACAUUCUAUACAGUGACCAUGUUUAUCAGUGUUACCUGUACCAUUUCCAUUGCAUGGCGCAUUUAUACCACUCGCCGUUUCAUGCCAGGAGGCCUUGCCGCUCUUUUACCCGUUUUCAUUGUUGUCAUUGAGAGCGGCGCUUUAUAUGCCACGAGUGUUCUUGCACUCCUAAUAACGUUCUUGAUCGGAUCUAAUGGCGAAUACAUCAUGCUGGACGUUAUCCCUCCGAUUGUGGGGAUCACAUUCUGCCUCAUCAUUCUGCAAGUACAUUUCCAUGUGGGCGGCAACUCUCCAACCGAACAGUCUAGUGAACCAAGGGGCAUGAUCACCAGCCUCUUUCGAGGGCGAGUUACACGGGACGUGGGCUUCAGCAUGGAACCGAUGGCUGUACACAUCACACAGGAGACGGAGAUCGAUCAAUCUGACAUGAUGGGUGGAAAGAACAACCAACCGGUCUCGGGGUGUAUCUUUCAAUUGUAA